CUUCCAUGCUCGUAACAUCUCUCUCGUAAAGGCUUUAGUAAGGACACACCAUAAUCCAUGAUGCCUUGCAUAAUGCUCGUGCGCCCGUUCAAGUUCCCGGCGUUUGCGGUUGCGGUGUUGUGGGUAUCGCUGGCAGUUUUUCACCGAAUCAUGCCGGCGUACUUAGCUUCUGCAAUGUCUUUCCUGUUGGAUAUGGCCUUGCAGUUCUGUAUCUUUCUGCCACUCGACCUGUGGACCAAGCACGCGAUCAGAACUCAUGGAUCCCUGGCCGAACGGCUGCACAUUUGGCGCUCGGAGGCACAGGUCCUGGCGGUUCUGUCGUCGCUGCUCUGGCUGUGGCAGCUACGCGUGCCCUGGCUCCUGCUGGUUCUCGCGGCCAGUGCCUACUGCGCGGGCCGUGGCUGGAGCCCUAGCCUCGCCGUGGAGGCGGUUGGUUCCGGUGUGUUUGCCCUAUGGUUCCGAGGCAUGGAGUUCAUUGGAGUGGCCGUCGAUGGAGGCCUGCGCAAAGUACUUCCCCAGCAGUGGAAGAUGGAAGAGGCGGCAACAGUCGUAUUAACAACGACGCGGCGAGUCGCGAUUUCAAGUUUCCUGGUGUCCACCGGAUUUCUGCAGCGCCUCUGGCGCGCCCUAGUCCACUGGCGCCGUGAGCUGUGGGAGGCUUACCUGCAUCACUCCGACGCCAUCAGCGUGCCGGCCGAAGCGAGAGGUUCACCUCCGCGGAUUGCCAGGAGGGCGACCUUCUCCGGUGUGGUGGAUCGCCUGGAGGUCGCCGACCGCACUCCGCCGGAACGGUGACCAUUGCAGCCGGUGGUGUUGCCCUUUGUGGCCCACGUAGCCCUUCGAGGGUAACCGCAUUCUGAGUGAUAUAAAAAAGAACUGCCUCGACAAUGGCAGCGGUCUUCUGCUGUGGUGGCAAAUGGCCUUUUUCAACGCACUCUCGAGUCUUGGAAACACUGACGUUGUGCUGUGCAGCCUCCUGAUGUGGACUCAAAGUUGCACUCAACUCUGCUCGAGUGAACGGGUUGUGGUGCAGGCCAUUGCUGGCCGCAGAUGACCAAAAAGGGUCGGGCUCUGGCUGCAGUGUCUUCAAGUUGCUCAUGGUGAAUGAGAUUCUGUACUCCGUUUCAUAUCUAAAGUGCAACACUGCAGAAGCUGUGCGAAAAGUUCUCUCAUCAAAAUAUGUCACUUCAGGUGUUUCAUGGUCAAGUGGUUUGGACAUGCAACUCUGAAUCAAAAUUGCAUGGCUUCAACACGUUUUUGUUUUAUGGGCAGUUCAUGAAAGCAAACCCCAAGUAAGCUUUCUGCAGGUCUUCCGAACGACGUAAGAGAGAUUUGUGAGAUUACGUGUGUGCCACACUGCAGUGUAGGCGCAGGCGGUGUCCAAUUUAUCAGUAGCCUUUGCCAUGCUCCAACACUGUUGAACUGGGAUCGCCUCCGAGUGAUGUCCCGAGCACAGCGACAUUCGUUGCCAGUCUGUGUGCAACAGGGUAACGUCGCUGCCGCAAACAGCGUGGUGCUUGCCGACAAGUUGCCAAGAUGCCUCUCGGCAACUUGUUUCAAGCCCUUGGGCAUAUAUUGCACGUGCAAAUCCUGUAAAGCAGAUUGAGUGGAGCUGAUGUGAUUUCUCAUGUAUGCUGAUGUCACAGACACCAUCCUCUACAAAGGAAAGGUGAAUGCUUGCCGAGACAUCUUUGAUAAGAUUGGAAGCAGUCUUCGUGAAAUGCUGGAGCAGAGAACACGGCGGAGAGAAACAAAACAAUGCAGCAUUAUUACACGCCAUUUGCAUAAUUCGUUAGUGCUCGGCUAUUCUAACACAUAAUGUUAACAUGAGCUCAUGUAGUCGCAAAAUAUUUUAGUACGUUUUCUUUUAAUAUAAGACUCACUACUUUUUGCUUGCGCAUACAGUGUGCAAAAUCGCUGUACCUUCUACAGUGUUGCCCUGUAAGAAUGAAACUGAGUCUUACGAGCAUGUGAGGCAUUGUCCGACAGCCUGUACUCGUGCGACAUGCUGUACAUGAAGAAGGAGAUUCUUGAAGCUGAUGCAACUUAUCUGUAUAAUUUCGGCUUGAAAUCUCUUACUGUGCAACAGAAGAUAAUGAAAAGCUGUGAUUUGUUUGGGAAAUGCCCUUUGCUUUAAAUUCAGCAUUGACCGCAGCUGUUUUCAUGUAGCUCAUUGCUGCUUUAACGAAGUUUGUUGUCAGUGUUGACCUGGUGAAUGUGUUUUUAGUAGAGUGAUGUUGGCUCAUUGAAAAGAACUGGUGGAAGAUUUGUGCCUGACUGCCGUAGUGCUCAAGUUAGUUUUUGAAGUGUACUGGACAACAAUUUGAAAUCGGGCAAUCGGGCAGUGCUGCGUGACACGGACGAGAAGGUCAUGUUCAUACCCUGGAAUUGAUAGAUUUCCGUGACACUGUUUUUAACCAUGACAACGUAGAGAGUGUCACUUUGGUGCAGUGAUAAAUGUGCACUGACGUGAAGAACCUUGCAUGGACACAAAUUUUGCACUAUCUACAUGCAGAAUGUAGUAAUCGCGGGAAUCAUUUCGUAAUGUGGCCCAUUAAAGCUUAAAUGUUGGGUUCCCUAUCGUAGUCGUUUGUACCUCUAGCACUGCCUUUCGUUUUAACAUUGUACAAUACUGCGAGUUGAGACUGAUUUGUGGAAAGCUGUGUGUGUGUGUGAUUGUUUGUCAGGUAGUUUUAAGGGACCUGUCUUGCAUGUGUCUGCAUUGUGAAGUGGGUGGCCACAUUGUUUUGUAGUGGUCACUAUGGGUCCUUUGUAUCAGUUGUAUCUUUUUGUUUUCUCGGUUUUCCUCCAGUGAGUGUUUUACUUUCGACCACAUUGUUUAUGUACAAAAUUUGUGUGAAGGGGCAGUGAUGAAAUGCAUUGUGGAUUUUAUUACUGUUUUUAUGUACAAAGAGCCGUGAUUUUACAAUAAAAAAAUUAGCACAUC